AGUGCAGCAGAGGUGGCAAUUUAUUUGUACAGUUAUUAAGUUACUACUUAAUAAUAAUUGAUAUUACCAAAACUCUCGUAUUAAUACUAAAAUGUACGAAAAAGAAAGUGACAAACCUAUAAAGUCAAUUAAAUUCAAGAGAUAUCACUGCUCAUCUUGUAAUAUCUUCACUAACUCGGCAAAUCAAUAUAAUCAGCAUUUAGAAGGAAUCCGGCAUAAGCAAAGAAUUACUUUUAAGAUUAACAAGCAUAAUAAUAGCUUACCGGAUGAUCACGUUUAUGAUCUUGGAUUCUAUGUUCCUGUUUUCAUUGUCAUAUUACUCACAGUAUUUGUGUUAUUCUACCUAUGCAUUGAAAUAUGUAAUUAAUGAGACUUAUUAUUAUUGCAAAUUAUCAUAAGUCAUGGCCAUUAACAAUGCCUUAAAUUUCGCGCCACAAUUUUAAUUGGCGGAGAAGUCGUCCCCAAGCGUUCACGGCUUCUAUGCGCACGAACGAACGCGCAGAACAAUGAGGUAGCAGCCAUUUUAUGUCGGUGGCUAAGAAAAACAUAAUUCGAAUGGCCAAUCUUAUCGAAAUUGUGUAAUUAGUGCUCUAAUUUAUGUGUUUCCGCACACGCUACUUUUGUUAGGCGUUCCUUCACUUAUCAGGUGGUAGGGUGUCGAUGAUGGGAGACAGCGACGUCCGCCAUUAGUUUCCCGGCACACUGGGGCGUGGGCGUCGGGGGAGUGGCGCGGGGCGUGGGGGUCCCCGUGCCGCCCCCCGGCGACCUACUCGCCACAAUCUCCAUGUUCGAGCAGCAGAUUAAAGCUGAACCUAUGAGUUUUUACACAUCACACUCCCACGUGAACACAGGACCCCCGACAAUAGUCCGUUCCGAUUCAAACCAUGGCAUAAUUAACAUGAACCAACAUCACCCCCAAGAGGACUCGAAGGAUAGCCUCAUAGUACAACACCAAGUACACCAACAGGAGCUGCUGGAUCAGCACCAACAAGACAUGCAACAGGAUGAUGAUGUAGAUAAUUUAAGUUUCAAAGGUAUGGACGAUGAGGGCGUUGAAAUGGAUAUGGAUGGGCGCCAAUGCUCUCAGGGUAUGGGCGUUGAUAUGGGUUCCGUACAGACUAAGAUGGAGGUUACAAAUGGCCAAGGAGUUCCAAGAUCUAAACCUCAAGCUUGCAAAGUGUGUGGCAAAGUUUUAUCAUCUGCAUCUUCAUAUUAUGUACACAUGAAACUACACUCGGGCAACAAACCAUUUCAAUGCACGGUAUGCGACGCGGCGUUCUGCCGCAAGCCGUACCUGGAGGUGCACAUGCGCACGCACACGGGCGAGCGGCCGUUCCAGUGCGACCUCUGCCUCAAGCGCUUCACGCAGAAGUCGAGCCUCAACACGCACAAACGCGUCCACACCGAUGAGCACAUUCGCGCAUUGAUGGUGAAGGAGCGGCCCUACAAGUGUGAGCUCUGUCAGAUGCGCUUCACGCAGAGUUCCAGCCUCAACCGGCACAAGAAAAUACACACGGAGGAGCACAGACGAGCCCUGUUAGAGAAAGUGCGGCCGUACCAGUGCCACAUCUGUUUUAUGCGCUUCACUCAGAAGUCCAGCCUGGGCCGACACGGAAAGAUACACACGGAGGAGCACAUCCAAUCGCUGAUCAACAAAGUGCGCCCCUAUCAAUGCGACAUCUGUGACAAGCGGUUCACGCAGAAGUCCAGCCUUGGUACUCAUAAACGUAUCCAUACCGGCGAGCGGCCCUUCCAGUGCACCGUCUGCCUCAAGUCCUUCACGCAGAAGUGCGCGCUCAAUUUGCACGAAAAAAUACAUACGGGCGAGCGGCCCUAUCAGUGCGACGCCUGUCUGAAGCGCUUCACGCAGAAGUCCAGCCUCAAUAUCCAUAGACGGACGCACACAGUCCAGGGCAGACCGUUCCAGUGCCUGUCGUGUCCCGCGGCCUUCACCUGCAAGCAAUACCUGGAGAUUCACACGCGGACGCACACGGGCGAGCGGCCGUAUCAGUGCGACAUCUGCCUGAAGCGCUUCACGCAGAAGUCGAGUCUGAACAUACACAAGCGGACGCACUCAGUGCAGGGCCGGCCCUUCCAGUGCCUGCAGUGCCCCGCCGCCUUCACCUGCAAGCAGUACCUCGAGAUACACAACCGCACGCACACGGGCGAGCGGCCAUACCAGUGCGACGUUUGCCUCAAGAGAUUCGCGCAAAAAUCUACACUUAAUAUACACAAAAGAACGCACACGGUGCAAGGGCGGCCGUAUCAGUGUAUGGAGUGCCCGGCGGCGUUCACUUGCAAGCCGUACCUGGAAAUACACAUGCGCACGCACACAGGCGAGCGACCCUUCGAGUGCGAUGUCUGUUACAAACGCUUCACGCAGAAAUCCACCCUCAACAUUCACAAGCGCAUUCAUACCGGGGAACGCCCCUACGCUUGUGAUAUUUGUCAAAAAAGAUUUGCCGUGAAGAGUUACGUUACGGCUCAUAGAUGGUCGCACGUGGCGGACAAGCCGCUGAGCUGCGAGCGCUGCUCGAUGACGUUCACGUCCAAGUCGCAGUUCGCGCUGCACAUCCGCACGCACGCGGCGGGCCCGUGCUACGAGUGCAGCGUGUGCGGCCGGACCUUCGUGCGCGACAGCUAUCUCAUACGCCACCACAACCGCGUGCACCGCGACAACCACAGCAACGUGUCGGCGAACAGCGGCGUCAUCAGCAACGUCAACAGCGGCAACAACUCGAGCUACGACUCGCCCGGCGUCUGCGAUCUCAGCUUCGUGCCGAUGGUGAACCGCUACCUAACGUCGCAGGGCACGCAGGUGUCGCUCACCGACACGCAAACCAAGAUGUCCGCCAUGUCGCCGCAGUCCAUUGCCUCUAUUUCGUCCCCCCCUCCGUCGCACACCCCCACUCCGCAGCCGCAGCAGAUGUCUUCGGGAAUGCGACUCGCGGACUGAUCCAUUUAUCAUAUAGCGCUCGAUUGAAGCUGGGCCGCCCGAGUGCAAUAAAAGAAUAGGCAGCCGUCAAUAGGAGCAGCUAAUUACCACGCGAGUCGCCAGCGGACUUAUGCACAGAAUCAAAUUAUUUUAUAUUGAUUUAUUUAUUUUAUACAUACUUUUAUUUGGUCGGCCGUGAUGCGCAGUAAGGUGAAUUGUGUGGGAAUAGGAUCCCUCGGACUGAACACGGCUCGGGGUUUAGUCAGUAGGGCUGCUACUUGCGUCGCGGUGCGAGUGGAAGGUUCUAGAAGCGCGCGAACGGACUCUGCCAACGUGAAUUAAAACUUACAUAGAAAUCGUAUUAUUUAAAAUUCACCAUUGAAAAUUUUGUACUAAGGCACUAGGGAAUCAUAUUUGACGUUUCGAUUUAUAUCUUGUGAACAUUUUAGUAUAACAAUGAUAAAAUAUUUUCGAAUAAAAUUCGCGCGGUUCUAAAACCCUUCACCGAUAUAGUACCGUGAUAAAAUGAUAAUACAUACUUGAUGAAUUUAUAGUCUGUUUAUAAUAGUUGUCGCCGUAUAUUAAGUAGUCGGCAGCCCUAGUAGUCAGUAGUCAGGUAGCGGUACCGCCUAUGUGUAUGCAUUGUGAUUAAAAUCCACAUCUGUGAUUUAUAUCUACCAUCACAAUUUUUAAUCGACGUGGUGGCAUUCAUAAAUCGUUACUUAAAACUCUCAUCGUUAUAGAAUGUAGGCCUAAAUUUUUGAUCUCAUAUUCUAAUUUGCUUAGUGGUAAUCUUUCGAAAUGGUGAAUGGUAAAUCUCCAACGGAAAUUCUAAAUUGGAACAUUCGUCACGCUCGUCAUCCCAUUCUCAUUAGACGUAGUGAAUAUAACAAUAUCUUAUUGCGAUGCUUUAACUUAGAUGUGUCUGUGUAUAUCGAUAAUUGUAUAGAACUGUUACCGAUGAGAGGUCGAGCGCUCUGAUCGCUAAACGAAAGGACUCUAGUGUAAUCUCUCCUCGUGAUUCCGUACGAACGCUUUAAUAAAUAAAGAAACUAAUUUCAUACGAAGAUAAUAAUUAUAAAGUACAAGUACAAAAAACGAUUUAACAUGCAGAGUCCUAAGAGGCAAUAAUAAAAAAGGCUUCACAAAAUUAAUAACUUUUAAUAUGUCUUUAUUGGAGUAAUCCAGAGAAGUGCCUGUUGCAACAUAAAUUGGCAAUAUUUUUAAUAGUAUUUUCGUUUAUAGGAGAAUCAUGUUCGGUGUCGGAACAGACGCAGUGAGCGGAACUGCGUCACGCGCCGUCUCUAUACUGAGCGUCUCUUUGUGAAGCUUCUUACUAUAACUUGUGCCUUCUAGCAGUUAGCGAAGUUAGGCGACGUGAGUCGUUCCACCGUUCCGUUCACGUUAUGUUUCGCGUCGAUCUCCCGACUCUGUUGCACUCGAAUUGUUUUCUCGUUCGAUCGGCGGCAGGGGAAGCUUGUUUUCGGUACAGUUUUCGAAUAAAUAGUGUGUAAAAUAUAGUCGUAUAGCGCAGUAGUCUUCCAAUACCUUGAGACGAUGUUAGCGGUUAGCGCGGAGCGGCCCGUGUCCGCUGCGAGGGUUCCUUCGGUUUGCCAUUAUUGAUAUCAAAGAUAGAUUGGUGCCAUUUCUAUGUAAAUGAUGUGGUAGAACGUAAGUUUAGUUAAGUUUGCCGGUCAGGGUAGGUUGGAAAUAGAAUACUGUAUUCACCUUCUCACAGUGUUAUGUACCGACUGCGGAAUGAUGUUUACGUUGUUUUGUUUUUCAGUUCGUGUUGUUGUUUUUUUAUAUAUAUAUAUGUAUACAUUAUUUUAUUUCCAUGUUGCGUGUCCAUGUGCUGAAGGUCAAAAUUGUAAAUAUUGGUAGGGUUUAUUUAUUCGAAUGACGUGGGAUUGAUGAAUCAAAAUUAUAUUGAAAUUUAAAUAUUAUCAUUUGUAGAACUCUUUCUACGAGUAUAGGUCGAACUGAAGUUAUAUUAUUGGAAGUAAUCAUAGAAUAUUAGGUCAGAAGUAUACUUUCGUAUUUAAAAAUUGAAAUUUCCUCGUAGCUAUACAUAAUAAUAAUAAAUAUAUACAUACAUGUGAAUGUUGUUUGAUAGUCCUCAAUAUUUUUUUAUAUUUUGAUAGUUCUGUAUUGUGAAACACGAGAAAAUAGGCCAAUAUCUCAGUAUCAUUUAUAAAUAAAAAAUAAAUAAUAUGUAUGUACACGAUACUUUAAGAGUAAAGUAACAAGACGGAUGCAUUUAGUUGCCCAGGAAGUGAAAGUAUAAAUAUAGAUGUAACAUCUAAAAUAUUUUUCCGUGUUUUUCGAAAGUAACGUUUUUAUUAAGUUUUUUUUUACCAAGCCAUUGAGAACAGUAUUAUUUAGAGAAACUAGAUGUUCGAUUUAUCGGAUAGUGUAAAUCUAUCAACUACCAACUUUAGUGAUCACCAUUGAGAAGAGUAAGAUCGAUUAUUAUUUACCUACAUAAUAUAUAUUUAGUGUCUGCGUCGAGGAGUCCCGCUCCUGGGCGUCGCGUUAUCCAUAGUUAUUGUGAAUGGAAUAGAAACACCAACAUAGUGAACUAGUUACGUAAAGUAUAUAAAUGUAUAUGAUCGUCGGCCGCUCGCCGCCACUGGGUGGGGACGGCGCCUCUAUUGUAGAAUUAGUAAUAUAUUUUUGUUAUACUCUGUUCUUGUCUUUAUAGUGAUUGUUUUUUAUUACAUUAAUUCGUCGUAGCGCCGUUCGGACCGAGUGCGGGGAGCGGAGUAAAUAGAGAGCGGUCCUUCUACGUUACGAUGUGUAUCUCUAUAUUUACAACCCUUGUGUAUGGAAAGGGGAGAGCUAUAUUUCGUAAGUAACUAGGAUCGAAAUUUCAGAUCAGAUGCACAAAUUUUAAACGACCUAAAAGAUAUUUUUGGAGACGAUUCUUACCGGGUCGUAAGUGUGUGCGUCUCAUCUGCCCCAACUAUUUUACAUACAAUAAUACGAUGUUAGUUACUAAAUUAGAGAGUAAUCGAGCUAUUUUUCAGUUACGUAAUCGUCUAAAAAUCGUAGUUAUACUUCCUCUAUUUCUACUUAUUUUUCCAACCGUAGAAAAGACUGAGUUAAGGAUCCACAACAUUGGAAACAAGAAUACUCAUUGAAAAAAAAUUGUCAAAAUUUUAUUGGUUUGUUAUUUGUUUUGUUAACAUCGGAGCGGUUGUGGUGUUGGACCAACCAGUUUCUUUGUAUAUCUCUAAAAAUUUUGUUAAGAAAACGUACAUAUCUUAGCCGUUGAUGGUAAAUGUAUACCUAUAUCCGUUGUCGAGGCAGUGUACUAGUCGUGGUGGCCCCGGUCGCCUAACAGACCUAUAAUUUUGAAAAAUUAAUCUCUCAUCCUGCGGUUGUUCUCACAAUAAAUAUAUAAUUCAACAGUGUAUGAUCUUUGAUUGAAAGAAAUGUAUGAUGAAUGGAAAUAACUCUUCCCGUUCUAUCGAUGAGGGAUUCGUUUAUCAUAAUUUAGGAUCAUUUGAAUGUGCUAGUUUUAUGAGCAAAUAACAGUGAGCCUUGUAUAAUCAUAUGACUAAGGUACAUAAAUAUUUAGUUCUAUUGUAUCGUUAGAUUUAUGCGUACUUCCGCUUUGUCAACAUAUUGCGUUGCUUACAUCAUAAUCAUACGAGAGUACAGCCUAAGGAUUUUAACUUUUUUUUUAUAUACUGAGAGCUAUUUCUAAGUCACUGAUUUUGUACUAUUUAUAGUUGUAUAACAAAUUAUAUCGGCUGUAAGCCAAAAAUAAAGUUUUGGAGUGUUUUACAUACUUUUAAUUCCUAUUUUAUUAAAAUUCAAUAACAAACAUCAUGGCAUGAUGAUUUUUUGCUACGGUCAUUUAGUUAUAGCUCUACAGAGUUUAUUGACCAAUAUUUUUAACUGCAACUGUUUUUCUUUUUAUUGUUAAAAUUUUUAGGCUAGUUAUAUUUUAUGGAAUAAGUUAGAUUUGUUAACUGUGGUGUAUUGUAUUACAUUGCACGUGAUCGUCACCUUUACAGCCUCCUUUACUUCUAUAUUUUAUUCUUAUAUUUUGUUUCUUUAUAGUCUGAUAUUGUGAUAAAUUAAAGUUUAUAAUUAUUAUCGAGUCAAUGGUAACACUUAAAAUGUAAUUUUAAUUAUAUAAUAUGUCAGUCUUCUCAUACUUUUUGUAUGUAGUAUUUUUGAUACUUAAUUAUUUGUUCUAAAUUGACUGUUUUUUUAUGUUUUUGCCAGUUGAGACUGAUUUGUUAAUACGGAAUACAUUUUAUGUGUUAUCAACAAUUAUGAUAUACCUAAGUUGUUCUUUCUAUUAUAUUCUUUAUAUUAUUUGUCGUUGAUGCUUUGAGAGUAUACCAUGUGUAUUGUAAAGAGGCUGUAAGGGCCCUUGUGUAGUCAGCAUUAUGUAUAUGCUUUAAUGUGAUUUUUUAAAUGUACUCUUUAUUAUUAUUAGUAUCAUCAAUCAAUAUAAUUAGCGAACUAACAAAGCGAUUUUUAAAUUUUUCAUUUCAUAGUGAUUUAUAUUGAGAUCAAAAUAAAUACAGAGUUUAUUUAAUUUUAUGGAAAGUAUACAUUGUAAAAUUAUUCGAUAGUGCUCUACUUGUCGAGCUCUAAUAAAAAAGAAAAAUUAUAUGAAUGCAAAAUAACAAGUCACGAUUCUUUUAGAAGUCGCCAUGUAGUGGAGAAAAAUAAACGUGCCAUGAUAUUUGUGGCUAAA